AAGAGGAAGUGUGCUUAUCUUUGCUAGCCUUGCUAGCUAAGCUCUUAAUCUCCCUUCUUUUAUUAAUACAUUAUACCAUUUAUUGCUGACACAUUGAAGCAUUUGUUGUGUUAUAAUACUUUGUGAGUGAUUAAUGGCGUGGCUAUCAGUUGAUCACUCGUGGGUUAUCACUUUUGGGAUUCUAGGGAAUGUCAUCUCAUUCAUGGUGUUCCUGUCUCCACUGCCUACAUUUUAUCGAAUCCUGCAGAAGAAAUCAACUGAAGAGUUCAAAUCGGAACCAUAUAUUAUUGCUCUUUUCAGUGCAAUGCUAUGGCUUUUCUAUGCUUUCAUCAAAACAAAUGAGCUCCUCCUCAUAAUCAUUAAUUCAAUCGGAUGCGUUAUUGAGAUCUCUUACAUCACCAUUUUCCUAAUCUUCGCUGCAAGAAAAGCUCGCAUAUACGCAGCAAAGUUGAUCCUCAUUUUGAUCGUUGGAGUUUUCUCGAUAAUUGUUCUCAUCACCCUUCUCUUAUUUAGAGGCUCUUCUCGCUUGCAAGUUCUCGGCUGGAUCUGUGUCGCCUUUGCUGUUAGCGUUUUUGUCGCUCCUUUAAGCAUCAUGAAACGAGUUAUACAGACUAAGAGUGUUGAGUUCAUGCCAUUUAACUUGUCCCUCUUCCUCACAUUGAGCGGCAUUUCAUGGCUCUUCUAUGGUUUGCUUUCCAAAGAUAUAUAUGUCAUGCUGCCAAACAUACUGGGAGUUAGUUUUGGAUUUGCGCAGCUGCUUCUCUACGUGAUCUAUAGGGGCAAAGAAGAGGUUCGCAGGGUUGAUAAAGUGGGACCUGAGGUUGAUACUAAUGUGAAUGUGGAAGAAUGUAUCAGUGACAAGAAACAAGACAACUACUCAAGCGAAUUACGAGUGGAACAGAUAGUGUGAAAGCCCAGUUUUAGCUGUGAUGAAGAACUACGAUACUUUGUAUUGUUUUUUAUAAUUAUGAAACUAAUAUCAAAGAGAUAAA